GUUGUUUUGGAAUAAGAAGAACAGCUGCGCCGGAGGUGGUUCAGCUCCUGGCGGCGAAAAAAUGAAGAACAAGAACAACUCGACGACCUUUUCCUCGUCCAGAGCAGCAGUUUACUACCACGCGGCUUCAGCCUCCGCAUAUACCGUCGCGAAGUAUUCCGUAAUCGUGGCGAUGUUGAAAGACUUUGACGAGGACGCAGUGCCGCUGGCGGACGUUUUCCAGGUCUACUACAUACGGCGUUCUCAAGCGCUAGUACACUCUCAACUGUUACGUGAAAUUUGUAAUGCAAGCAUGGCAAAAGGGAAAACGAAAAGGUUGCGCCUUUACUUUUGCAUUACAGGUUUGGAGCAGAUCGUAAUGCUAUCUAGCGCGUCGAGAAUUUGUCACGCGAAGCAGCUUUUUCGUGUAGAUGCUGACGCCAAUUUUGCAUGACAAAUUCAUGGAACAGGAACAGCUGAGAGCGUCACACCUGAGAGUCCCAUACUCCAGCUCGGUGUGGUCGAGUUCCGCCCUAC